GUUUAAUAGUGGGAUAGAACAGAAGCGCCUCUCCGUAUUGUCCGUUUUAGAUGCUUCGGUUAUCUAUAAGGAGUUUGAGUGAGCCGCUUAAAGUAAGGCCUCCCUUUUUAACUAGUGCCAUAGGCUUCCAUUCCACGGCUCUGGUAAAUGAGGGUAAGAAGAAGAAAGAUGGUAACAACAGCGAUGAGCUCAUUUCACAGCUUGAGUCAAAGGCUAAGGCUAUGGAUAUCGAUCCACAAGUUCUUCGGGAUGCUGCAAAACUGCUGAGUAAUCCUGUUGGCACAGCUACCAAGGAACCCCCGAAAGAGCAUAAACAACUCAAGCAGACUCAUCCACCAAAAGUUGAAGAGGUGAGAAAGCCUCCCAAAGGUUGGAGAAAGAUGGAACUACCGGAGUGGAAAAGACAUAGAUAUGCUCUUUGGGAGAAACAAAACGGUGAGUACUGGAAUCCCGGCAAGAAAGUUUCUAGAGAUCAGAUGGAUAGCAUAAGGUUGCUGAAGAAAUCACUACCACAUUUAACUGCAUCAGAUUUAGCAAAGGAAUACCAUAUAUCGCCAGAAGCCGUCUCGAAAAUCCUAAAGUCGAAAUGGAAGCCUAAUGAGCAAGAAGAGCAGAGAAUUCAGGAUAGAUGGCUAAGUAGAAGAGCUCGGUUAAGCGAGAUUAGAGGUGCAAAGAGAACUAGUCAGAUGAAAACCAUCAUCAAAACUGGUUAUGGUGUGGAAAGAGCUACACCAGAUUACUUGAGGAAAAAUGAAAAGAUUAAAAAGGGGAAACAACCUGGGUCUCUAAAGAGACUGUUCAAGUUUGACGUUGAUGAGAGAAAGAAAUUUUAAUUAAAGAUGGAACAGACUUCCAAAUUGUACAUAGUAUAUACCUUCCCGCAUCAGCAGCUCAUAAUAGAUCAUGUCAAUAGCUAUCAAACUUGACCAGUCAAGUACCAGCCUUUAAUAGUCCUUAUUUGCUGUCUUAUAUCUGA